GUUUUCCUUUAUUGGCGUAUUGAGGUUUAAUCUGUUUGAAAAAAUAGAUUUUUGUGCUUGUUUGUCGUGUUGUAGAAAAUAAUUUUUAGCUUAUAAUGAAGUUUGAAUUUGCGCGUAUUGUAUAGUUAAAAUAAUGGAAGAAAUUGAGCUGGGAAAUAAAAUGGGAGCGUCAGAUCCGAAAGUAUAUGGCACAGCUGAAAAACUACCUCAGUAUAUUGCAGCUCUUUCAGUAUGCCUUGGAGCCGUCGCAGCUGGAACUGUCCUAGGUUGGACCUCAAACAUAAGCCUUGAAAGUGGUGACCUAAACUCAGUAACACCAAAGACCCCGGACGAAAAAGGAUGGAUCGGAUCGUACACGACGUUGGGCGCCAUGAUUAUGUGCUUUCCAAUCGGUUACCUAUGCGACCUGAUUGGCAGGAAGCUUACAAUGCUCUUAACAAUCAUACCCUUCACCGUGGGAUGGCUGCUUAUCAUUUUCUGCGACAAUUUGGGCAUGAUUUAUGCGGGAAGGUUUCUAACCGGAAUGGCUGGCGGAGGUUUUUGCGUAUCGGCUCCACUGUACACCAGCGAAAUUGCACAAGAUGAUAUAAGAGGCGCUUUGGGCUCCUUCUUCCAACUUCUUCUAUGCGUUGGCAUUCUAAUCAGUAAUAUACUUGGAGCCUAUGUUGACAUCAAAGUGUUCUCCAUCAUAUGUGCUAUGAUUCCUUUAAUAUUUGGUGUUGUCUUCUUCUUUCAACCGGAAACACCUAUUUAUUCGAUGAAGAAAGGUAACGAAGCCGCAGCAUUGGCAGCUUUAAAGAAACUCAGAGGUGCAAACUACAAAUGCGAAUUAGAAUUGGAAGAUAUUAAAAAAGCUUUGGAAGAGGAACGCAACAGUAAAAUUUCUUUCGUUGAUGGUCUAAAAACGACGGCUGCUAAGAAGUCCUUAAUUAUCUGCUUCGGUUUGAUGUUCUUCCAACAAAUGGGAGGGAUAAACGCAUUUAUCUUCUACACAGGCGAUAUUUUUAAGUCCACAGGGUCUUCCUUGGAUCCCAAGGUGGCAACCAUAAUUAUAGGAACCGUUCAAUUAUUGGCGACCUUCGCUUCAUCACUUGUUGUAGACAAAUUUGGCAGAAAAAUCCUUCUUUUGUUUUCCGAUUUUUUCAUGUUGGUUUCUGGGUUGGUUUUGGCAAUUUUCUUCACCGUCAAAAAGAACAUGACCGAUCAAGAAAUUAAAGAUAUAGGCUGGAUACCUAUAACUUCUCUUAUCGUCUUCUUUAUUGUAUUUUCAUUGGGCUACGGUCCCAUACCUUGGAUAGCAUCGUCAGAAUUGAUGCCAACAAAUAUUAAAGCCGUUGCGUCUUCUGCCGCAGCUACUUUUAAUUGGUUCUUGGCGUUUUUGGUGACCAAAUUUUUCCUAACUUUAUCCGAAAAUCUUGGUAACGAUGUAACAGUGUAUAUUUUUGCUUUAAUUUCGGCUUUGGGUACCGUUUUUGUUUGGUUCACGGUCGUUGAAACCAAAGGUAAAUCCCAAGCACAAAUCCAAAGGGAACUUGGAGGUGAAACCUUCAAAAAUUCUUCUGGAGUUGAAAACCCCAAUUUUAAUAACACAAUUCACUAAAAGCUUUGUUGGCUCAGUAUUUUUUUAAAUAAAUUAAUUAUUGAUAUUAUUUGCUGAUUCCCUUAAAAAAAAUAACUUACAAAUACAAAUUUUAAACACAUAUACAGGGUGUCUGUAUAUGGUGCGCCGUUUUCCGAGCAUAACACCCUGUAUAAUAAAAUUUAUGUGAUUUAAAAUUAUAUCCUUGCCAUUAUUUAACUUAUUAAUGUAUUUAAAUCCUUUACAUUUUAUUAUACAAUUUGCUAACAAGAAAAUGGAUUUAUGUCAACAAGUAUUAAGACUGUGAUUUUAGUUAUUUAGAUACUGCAAAUAGAUAUUUAAAUUAUUUUAAUUUAAUAAAAUGUUUGAAAAUUUUUUUUUAUAUUAAUUAAGAAAACUAUUAUUAUUUAAGCAAAAAUUUAAUUUUUUCAGGGUGCUGAAAAUUUCUUGGCUUGCCAUUGCGUACACUAUGAGAGAUAGAGGAAAGGUUGAAUUAGAGACGAUUAUGAAUCUACAAAAAAAAAUUGUGUUCGUUUUUGAUUUAUUGAGAAAAAAACUAAAAAAUGUGUUUUUUUUCGAAAAAAUUCAUUGCUCUUUUACCAUUCUAGAUAUGUUGAUAAAACUUGGUGACUUUGUAUUUUUCUUAGCUGUCAAUUGUCAGGCCUUCUAGAUUUGGAGCAACAAUAAAACUUUUCAAUUUCCUAUGGCCGCCAUAUUGGUGCUAGAAUGCCUAGAAUUGACUAUUAAAUUGACAGCUGUCACAAAGCUAGAAUGGUAAAAGAUCUGUGAAUUUUAAUAUAAAAUCACAUUUUUCAGUUUUAUCUCAAUAAAUAAAAAAUGACAUAAAAUAUCCAAUAUUUUUUGCAGAUUCUUAACAGAUUUGCAGAUUCUUAACUAUAGUUUCCAAAAUAGCAAUCGUGAGCCACGAAUUGUUCACCACCCCUGUACCUACAGUAUUGUAUAAGUGAUAAAAUAUACAUUCCAAAUAAAUAAUUAAGAA